CUUCAGGCUCUUCAGACAUACCAGACCGAUCCUGCUAUGAGAAAGAUGCUAACUCAGAUGUAUUUCUAUAUCAUGCCUGUGUUUAAUGUGGAUGGAUAUAAUUUCAGCUGGACAAAUGAUCGAUUUUGGAGAAAAACGAGAUCAAAGAACACAAGGUUCUGGUGUCACGGUGUCGAUGCUAAUCGCAACUGGAAAGUGAAGUGGUGUGAUGAGGGUGCUUCGUAUCACCCAUGUGAUGACACCUACUGUGGUCCCUUCCCUGAGUCUGAGCCUGAAGUAAAGGCUGUCGCCCAUUUUCUCCGCAAACACAGGAAACAAAUAAAAGCCUAUUUGUCCUUCCACGCGUACGCCCAGAUGCUGCUCUACCCCUACUCGUACAAAUACGCAACUAUCCCAAACUUCAGCUGCGUG